CCUGCCCUUUUCUGAAGUGAAACAGAGGAAGAGUGAAUGGGGAGGGAAGAGGUGGGUAGGAAAACUGGGAGGAAAGGAAGAAGAGGGAACUAGAGUGGAGAUAUAAUGUAUGAGAGAAUAAAUGGAUUUUAAAAAGUAAGUUGAGGCUGGGCAACCCUUUUCGCCAAGAUGGCGCCAAAAACGAAGAAGGAAGCUCCUGCCCCUCCCAAAGCCGAAACCAAAGCGAGGGCCUUGAAAGCUAAGAAGGCAGUGCUGAAAGGUGUCCACAGCCACAAAAAGAAGAUCCGAACGUCACCCACUUUCCGGCGGCCCAAGACCCUGCAGCUCCGGAGGCAGCCAAAAUAUCCUGGAAAGAGUGCACCCAGGAGAAACAAGCUUGACCACUCUGCUAUCAUCAAAUUCCCACUGACCACCGAGUCGGCCAUGAAGAAAAUAGAGGACAACACGCUUGUGCUCAUUGUGGAUAUCAAGGCCAACAAACACCAGAUCAAACAGGCUGUGGAGAAACUCUAUGACAUUGAUGUGGCUAAAGUCAAUACCCUGAUACGGCCUGACCGAGAGAAGAAGGUGUAUGUUCGCUUGGCUCCUGAUUAUGAUGCUCUAGAUGCUGCCAACAAGAUUGGCAUCAUCUAAAGUGAGUCCAGAUGGUUAAUUCUAAAUAUAUACUUCUUUUUCCACCAUAAAAAAAGUAAAUUGAAAAAAAUCUGAUGAUGCAAACUCUUGUGAAUUUUUUUAAGUAAAGAGAAACAUCUAGAAGGUCCUUUAUGUAAAGGUUGAGCCUCACUACUUAGGGCUGCUUCUCCAAUAUGAAAAAGGAUUGCUUCCUUUACUCUUCUGUAAACUACUAUUUAACAUCUAUGGAUUUAGAUACAACAGAAAAAUCUAACAAUUAGGAGCACAACAGAGUCAAAUCUGGACUUCCACUCGAAGUCAUCUUCAUUCCACACUGAUUUACUGUGGUAUUCCUACACACAUCUGCAUUAGUACAGAACAAACAUGCCCCCUAGCCUGCUACAUUACCUAACAUUACCACAAAACUGCUUGGAACAGAGUACUGACGAAGUCUAUACAAACUAUGGAGAAGCUGAAGAACAGCAUAAAAAAGGAAAACCCCUAAAUGACAUGUGAGCGGAGUGGAUGACUCUAGUGCACCUUAUGGAGUCUAUAGUAUGACAGAAUGGAGCUUUUCUUUCUCUUUCCUUCUUCCUUUCUCUUUCCUUCUUCCUUUCUUCCUCCCUUUCUUUUUUUCAAAGAAGAAAAGUUUGUCAAACAUCAGUGACAUAAAAUAGAGCCCAAACUAAGCUUCAAACCAAAAUAUUAAAAAGUUGGCAAAUUAUUUUUAUUUGGAUCUUUAACACACUUGGUCGCUGCUCAAUUGUGCCAGCAUGUUUGACCACGGGGAGGAAACACACACACACACACACACACACACACACACACACACACACACACACACACCCCUUUUCCCUUGAAAUGCACAUCCUCCCUUGUUCACUCCCAUCUUCCCACUGGUUUGGUAGAUUCUUUUCAGAUGCUACACACAAGAGUCCCCUGGAACACCACAUCCUGCCUUCCUGUUCUCUCUUAGACUACGGUGUCUCCAACUUUGUGGCCUUACUGAGGGAGGACCUUGCUGAAAUGCAGACUGUGACUUCUUAGAGCUCAGAUGCCUGGAGAGUCUGUGUUUCCACUAAGUUUCCAAAGUUACUCUGCUACGGAAGGUGCCUAGAAAAUACACUGAAGUACAAGCUCUACUCUGGAACAACGCACAAAGGCUACGGCUCGCUGUGUGAAAGCCGACUGUCUGCGUCAAUUCUGUCUCGAUUUGCUUUCUACUACUGUGGUAAACACCAUGGCCCAAAGCAAGUUGGAGAAGAAAGGCUUUAUUCGGUUUUCACUUCCACAUCACAGAAGGAAGUCAGGAACCUGGAAACAGGAACCAAAGCAGAAGCCACAGAAGAGUGCUGCUUACUUGCUCCCCAUGGCUUGCUUAUGCCACACAGACGUGACUACAGGCCAAUCUUAUGGAGGUAUUUCCUCAAUUUUGAUUUCAGUUGACAGAGAGAGAGAGAGAGAGAGAGAGAGAGAGAGAGAGAGAGAGGCAGACAGACAGACAGACAGACAGACAGACAGACAGACAGAGACAGACAGACAGAGACAGAGAGAGAGACAGAAAGACAGGGACAGGCAGGCAGAUACUGUAAAAAUGACAGGGAGCUUAAAAUAAACAAAUCAUGAAGCAUAUUGGAAACAUUAUGGCCUGAAGGGGAAGGGGGUAAUUUUUAUUCAUGUAAGAAGUUGUCAAAUCGCCAGGGAAGAAUAGUCUCUGGUGAGGAAUAAGGAACAUUUUGUAAUUAACCCACUCCUGCCAGAAUAUUUCCAAGUUGGAACAGGCACUUAGAAGCUGCUUUUGCUAAGUCAUCGACUCCUCACUUUGGCCCAAAGGUAACCAAAAAGCAACAAGACAAAGGCUGGUGUCUCAACCUUCUCUCUGUGUCUCUCCCCUAUACCUUGGCUAAACCUUUCACCUUAAAUCCCAGGAAAAAGCACAAUCUUCCAAGACAGAGCUCCUCUCCCCUGCAAGAGGUCAUUAAUCACGGAGUGUGGGGAGUGACCCUGGUGCAGACUCAGUCAUCUUAUAAGAAGAAACCAGACUAGUGACCUCACUAUGACAACAAGUAACACAUUAACAACACAUUAAUGGGUCAGUCAUGGAUGGGCCACUCCAAGCUUGACCAGGACAGCUUCCCUAAGUAUACCACUUACUCUCCACCCAUUUAAACAAAAACCUCACUGCCAUUCCCAAAGACACACUGGGGGGUGGGAUAAAGGGUUACCUGAUAGACCCCUUUAUUUUGUUAGCUAAAGUUCCCCAAAAUAAAUCACAGCUACAUUAGACAUUCUACAAGGCUGGUAUUUGAUUGUCAGUGAUUGUGAGGAGGUUGGAAUAUUGCAGAUCCAGAGCCAAGCUAUCUUGGGGUAUCUAAAGCCCUUCAAAUAAUCAUUCACUGCCCACUGAUGUAUGUGACCUAAACUCCCCCUGUCUUGUUAGAUCACAGACCCUUCAGAUGCCCCCUCACAGACCAAGCAUCAAGCUCCUGGCAAGCUCUCAUCCCACAAGUACCUGGACAAUAUGGGUCAUGCAUUAAUCUAAGCUCCUUCUCCUCCCUUAGAGACCUUGAAAAGCUGGCACCUUGCUUUGUCUAGUGGACCUAGCUUCUCUUGCUUCAGAACUUGAUCUUUCUGUGCUUGUUGUCUGCAGUGUGACAGCUAACAGCUCCCCAAAGAAAGACCACAUCCUUUUCUCAUCCUGGGGCUUCCUCUCCUAUCUAGUCCUAAUGUCUACCUAACAGCGACUACUAGAUAUAUAUUUUGAUAUGUAUAAAUAGUCUCGUAGCUUUUGUCUACCCAGAGGUAAAACAUGUCAUCAGAUAGGCUCUGAGGCCUACAGCAGAGGUGUCAUUACUUUGAUGUCACUUGCCUGACUCAUCCUCCCACCAACAUACCUGAAGGGUCAUAAUUUAUUAUUUUCUUUGUUUUGUUACUAUAAAAACUUCAUGAAACUGUUAGCAUAUUGGAACAUGGUGUUUGGGAUAACAUAAAUCUGUGUUCAUGGGUCAGAGUCACUAAUAUUUGGCUCCAGAAUAAACUAUCUCACCCUCUCUGAUCAGGGAGCUGUGUUUACUGCAUCUUCAGUUACAUGGUGCUUUUGAUAUGGAACCCCCAGGACUGACCCUUUGCUUAAGUCGCAAACCCUAGCACAAAUGGUUGAAGAGUCUAUUUAACAUAGCAAAGUAGCCCUGAUUGCCUGGUUCUCCCAGUAUCUCCCAGUCCCUACUUCUUAUAGGGUAUGGCUGGCAUGCCCUGUCCCCUACCCUAAACUUCCCCAAACCAUGGGCUUGGCUGCCCUUCCCUAUGUAACUCAGACUUUUUGGCUACCUGCCCUUAUUUGAUCUACCCUUUACUCUUUGGGCUGGUUUCUUGGCCCAGGCUGCCCUCUUGAUCAGUAGUUCCUCUUCCUUCUUCCCUCUCCUUACAUGGCCUGGCUCAACCUAGACAUGUCCCUCUGACUCUCUUAAAUGUUCCCGCCUCUGGCUAUGCUCUCCCUUUAAUCUACAAUAAACUGUUUUGUCCACUAUACUUAGAAGCAUUCAUGUCCUUCCCUUUUUAUUUUAUUUUCUCAUUCACUUUGUAUCGAUUGCAUGGCACUGGCUUCAUGGCUGGUGAAUUCCUUCUGAUGGUCAAACCUUCAUGUUUUGUUUUGACAGGGUCUCUCUAAGUAGCCUUGGCUGUCCUGGACAGCUCUCUCUAGAUCAGGCUAACCUUUAAGUCACAGAGAUCCUCCUGCCUCUACCUCCUGAGUGCUGGGACUAAAGGUGAUUAAAGGCAUGCAGCACUACACUGGCACUGGAACCAUUCAGUCUGUUAAUGUGCUAGCACUCAGUUCAUUACAUGCUAACAUUCAGUUGUCUCCCCUGCCACUCAUCCAAAACCUAAUUCAAGGAUGAAGGAAAUGGUUAGAAAAAAACAGCUCUUUGAUACUCCAGCUGGUUUUGCUUGAUAACUGUGUUAAUUCAACUUAAAACUGUAGAGGGGCUUUAAUUAAAGAAAUGGGGAACAUUCAAUGUUUACAUUGUUUAUUGAGUGCUAAUGAGAAUUCCUAACAACAGAAUUAUAGAUUAUGAAUGGGCACCCUGCUUUAAUUGAAAUUUAAAAACAUUUAAGGAAAGGAAAAGAUAUAAUUGGUAACUUAUAAAUUCAGAAAGAAAAAACUGCAUGAUCCCCUUCACAUACGGAUGGUAGCAUUAUAUAUACAUGCACAUGUGUGUGUGCGUACACACACACACACACACACACACACACAUACACACCACUUAUAGAUAGGAGAUGUGACUGUAAUUUAAAAACUAUUCAACAAAUAUAUUAAGGUAAACUUACAGUAAGACAAAUACAUCAUUAAUUAUCUUAAGGCUGUGUAAUCUACAUUAACAGUGAGGUGGUUGUCUGCUAUACUUUUGUUCUUCAAUUCAUUUUAAAGCUUUAAGCAAUUAAUAAUAAAGUGAGAAAGUGACAAGCGUUCAGAAAGUAAGUGAGAUGACAAAACAUAAAACAGAAUAUCUAAGAUUUGUUUGGGGUCAUUUAUCUAGACUCUAGAAUAGCUUUCUCUUUUUUUUAUUUAAUUUUUUCUUAUGCAUAUACGGGUGUGUCCAUGUGAAUAUGUGUAUUCAUGUAUCCUCAGAGGCCUGAAGAGUGAGCUGUGUCCCUUGGAGCUAAAGUUUCAGGCAGUUAUGAGCCACUUGAUAUGGUGCUAAGGGCUGAACUUGGGUCCCCUGAAGAGCAGGGAGCUCAGCAGCUAUCUGGCCUCUUCAGCCUUCUCUUUUAUGAGGGGGCUUCAUCAAUGGGUGAGGGGUGCAUUAAAGGAGAUGACACUGGUGGUGACUCUGAGCUCUUAAGACAGUAACUUUUUAAAAAACAAGAAAGUCUCACUGUAUGAAGCAGACUGACUGACCUUAAACUCAGACAUCAGCCUGCCUCUGUCUCCUUAAGGCUUGGAUUAAAGACAUGCACCAUCAUGUCCAGCUAAACAUAUUGUGUCUUAAUAGAACGUAUUGCUUUCCUUAAUAUCACUAAGCACCAUAUAUAUGCAGUUUAAGACUCCUGAAAUCAUAAGUAAAUAAACACAUAGUUUUCUGUGACACAGACUGACAAACGCUUUUCAAUUUGUAACAUACAAUAUAGUAUAAUUAGGAUAAUAAUAACUAUAGUAAUAAUGUAGUGAAGAAUAUAAUCUUUUCCAAUGCAUUUUCCACUAAGGAUCUUUGUAUUCAUAAUUGAUUUUUAUUAAUAAUUAUAUAAACAACUAAAUGAACAAACAUUUCUGGUUUUUAAAAAUUAUAUAUAGGGGUUGGAGAGAUGACUCAUCAGUUAAGAGCACUGACUGCUCUUCCAAAGAACUGGAAUUUGGUUUCUAGUACCCACAUAGCAGCUUUUAGUUGUCUGAGGCUCCAGUUUCAGUUGACCUGAUGCCUUCUUUUGACCUCUGUGGACACCAGGCUUACACAUGGUGCACAUAUAGGCAAACCCUCAAACACAUAAAAAUAAAUCUUAAAAAACACUUUAGUGUAUUAGAUAAAUAUGUGAAACCUUAAAGCUAAAGUAAUCUAUAUCAAUGCAAGUUAGAAUCACUGGCUAUAAAAGUAUUGAAAUUACACUUACUAUAUUCCACAUAAAGCACAAAAGGUAUUAGAAGUCUUAGUUAGGAAUGUGCUAAUUUGGAAACAUACUAGCUACUGCAAAGCAGGGACUGUUAAUUUAAGGCCUUGAAGAAUGGACUGGCAAAUAAAGCAGAGACCCUCAUACUCACAGAGUUUAAUAAAAUGGAGUAGGAAAGUUGCCUAAAAUCACACUAUUUGGGAAGUUGAGUCAGUAGGAUUAUCAGUUCAAGCCUAGCCUAGAUUAUACAGCAAGACCCUUUCUCAAAAACAAAGAGAAGACCAGACAAGACAAGAGAAGACAAGAAAAUCAUCGAAUUUGGUUCCAAUUACUUUUGUGUAAUUUUGUGUCCCAAGCUCUGGAACAUCCCACAGUCUCAACAAAGGCAUCAGCCAAACAAAAUCCAACAGACAAAGCAAAGGGCAUUAUCAGAACAGCCCUGACAAAUGAAAUCACAGGUCUCGUUUGCAAGUGUAUGUAUGCACACAUGAUAACACAUACACACAUGCACAUACACAUACAAAAGCUCACAUGGAUACAUGGUAAAUAACAUCCACAAACAGAACAAAGGCUCUUUGUUCCACAAAGAAAGGAGGUGGCUUCUGCAAACAAUACCUCCUCUAGAAAAGAGUCUGUAGCUUUAUUGAUUCAAAUACUACAUUAUUCUCAGGUUUUACAAAGCCAAACUCCACGAUUCAAAAUUAAGUGGUCAACAUUAAUAAAAAUAUAUUUUUACAUCAAAAGAUAUAUCAAAAAUUUACAUGACAUUUAAAUGUUUAUUGUUUUAAGAAUAUGUUUAGCAAAUGCAAGGACAUAGUCUAUUAGAAUAAAUUGUAUUACAACGUACUUCCCUGACAGUAUGAACUGCAAGAUUACUGUUUGGAGCAGCUCUUUGGUUCUAGGGCUUGUUAUGGCAUCCCUAAAGUCAGUGAGAAACCUGGGCAGUGCUGACAGUUCACUUCUCUUACCUGAAGCUUCAUCUUCCAACAGAAAUGCAUGGGCGUGUCCUCAGUACAGCUCUCUCCAGCAGCAUAGUGCCCUGCGCCAGUGCGAGGUGGGGAGGGGUUGGGACUGAGCCUGAAUGCAGCUGCCUUGCAGCCCGGGAGCAGCCAGCAGAGCCACACUGCUCCGCUGCUGGACUUCAGUGCAACAUUCUGUGAUCAAACUGGACUAACUGCUUCCUCCAACUGAUUUCCAAGGAAUGAGAUCGUUUAUGAAUAAUUCAUGAGUCCCUUCCCGCAACCAACUUCACUUCUGUUCUCUGGCCCUCCUACAACAAUACGCAUGUAAAGAUUCUAAGUACACUUGCUGACUUGCAAAUAAUUGAAGGUCGGUCUCCAGUCGAUGGCAGUAGAUGGUCCCAGGUCUGUUUGUUCUUGUAUGUUAACCUAUCACCCAGACUUACUUGAGAGACUUCAAAAAAGGGGUAGAAAUGGUAAAUAAUUAACCACAGAUAUCUGAAAGAACAAUAUUUUUUUUUUCUUCCGUCAACUUGUCCUUCUGGAGCUGAGCUAUGAGAGAAGCAGCAGAGUGCUUGGAAAACCUUGCCAGCUGGGGGAGGUGGGUUCUGAACAGUGAUGCUAGGAAACGAACUCUUCAAGGGGGAUCUUCCUGCUCCCUGGCUAUAAAUAAACCUUUUAUCUCACUGUUAUUCUUCAAGGAGGCUGAUGAACGUUUGUUUCCCACAACCUGUCAAUGCUUGCAUAUUUACAAAUGUAUGACAUCCAAAGCAUCUGAAAACUACUCAAAACUCAAUUCCAAGAGAAGCCUGAACUGAAGACUGGAUGACCGCCUUCUUCCCUCUGGCCACUAUCUUAGGAAGUCUAGUCACCAAUCUUGUUCUCCACCUGCUCCAUUCACUCUCCACUGGUGUCUGGCUGGCAAACAGGUCAUGUUUGAGCUAUCUGUGAAUGGGAGAGGGGGAGUAUUUUGCUCCUAGCUGCUUCUGACUUAUUAGCUUUGCAAACUGGUCUUCAAUGCAUCUCCUUGGCCCUGAGUCUUUCCUUUCCUUUCAUUUUGUUACUUUAUAAUAUCACUUCUGAGUUUAUGCUUUCUAAAAUUUAAUAGGUGAUGUUAUUGUUAAGAUUUUAUUUUUUUGGAACUAGACAUAGUGUUAUCGUUAGGUGGUUCAUUCUUUAAUCUCAGUACUUGGGAGGCAGAAGACAGGCAGAUAGAUGUCUGUGAGUUAAAGGACAGGUUGGUCUAUAUAGUGAAUUCCAGGAUAGUCAGAGCUAUGUAGAGACCUUGUCUCAAAAAUAAAUAAAUAAAUAGAUAAAAUAAUAAUAACAACAAUAAUGAAGAUUUUAAUUUUAGAGGCUAGAGAGAUGGCUCAGCAGUUAAGAGCACUGACUGCUCUUCAAGAGGACCCAAUUUCAAUUCCCAGCACCUACAUGGCAGCUCAGAACUUGUUUGUAACUCCAGUUCCACACUAUCUUCUGACUUCUGAGGACAACAGGCACAAGGUAGUGCACAGACACGCAUGCAGGCAAAAUAGUCACAUAUACAAAAUAAUAAAACAAAAAUUUUCAAAGAUUUUAUUUUUAAAUUAUGUGUAUAUGUGUGUGCAUAGGUGCAUUUGCAUGUGGGUACCUUCAGAGUACAGAAAAGGGUACCGAAUCCCCUGGAGCUGGACUUAGGUGGUAGUUGUGAGCAGUCAGAUGUGGGCACUAGGAACUGAAUCCGGGUCCUCUGGAAGAGCAAGAAGUGCUAUUAAUCACUGAGCCAUCUUUCUAGUUCCCAAACUCAAGUUCUUAUUAGUCUGCUCCAAAGUUCUCAAGAAUAGUCAAGAAUUCUCUUGCUGUUCUUUGGAUUGGUUGUUUUGUCUGCUCUGUCAGUAGGGUCUCAUGUAUCCCAGGCUGUCCUCCAAGGACAUAUGUUGCACACCAGGACUUUGAGCCUAAGAGGAAAGCACUCUACCUGCUGAACUACACCCCAGCGCUCGAGUCCAGACAAACACUUUCCUCUAGAACACAUUAAUAAGCCUUUGCCUUUCUCAAAGAGUUCAGCAUGUCUCUUCAUCAGCCCACGCUCCACAGUAACAUUCCUGCCCUUCUGUGUUACUGUGUGCUCAGGGGAGCCUUCCCUUUCAGCUCCACAGCACACAUGCAUUACACGGGGGAAAGGGUAGUCUGUGGAAAGUGGUAAAGGAAGGAAGUCAGCUGGGGUAAAUGCUACAAGAAGCUGCCGCUGUCAGGAAUGAGAAAACAACAACCCAAAGUACAGCGCUGGAAUGUGUGGUUCUUUACUAGAAAGAGACAGAACCAGGAGCUUAGAAACAUCCUCUCACCAUCCAAGGCAGGUUGCAGAACUAAAAUUCCCUUUUCUCCAAAACUAGCCAUAGCCACUUGAACUUCACUCCCCCAACGCAAGACAUAAGCCCCAGAAACAUUACUUAAAGCCUCCCCCUGCCUUUCUCUUGUGACAUGUCCGAGCUAACUUUGACUGUCAACUUGACAUUCAUUGGCCUAGUCACUUGAGAGGGCAAUCUCAACUGAGGGAUUGCCCAAAGCAAGUCCAGUGGACACGUGUGAAUAGGACUGGCUUGAUUGUUAAUUGAUACAGGAUUGCCUAGUAGGUAGGCAUUGAGAGAUACACAGUCAGAUCCCCAGCAGGUAGGCAGGGACAAAAAUGACGGUCUAGGUAGAUUAAUGAACUUCUCAGCUAAACAUUUAAGAUGUUUUUCUUCCUCUCUAAGGUAAGGAUGGGGUGGGCUUAGGCACCCCAGGAGACUUUAAAAUCUAGGUUGGGGAAAUAAACCAUCUCUAGCGGUAGGAAUGAGUCAGCUUCCCUUUCUUUGUCUAGAUUAUCCAAUCCCCUACAGUAAUACAAACUACUCAGUUCUGAGACAGACGAGGAAUCCAUUCUACCCCUAAACAUACAGAAGUUUUUGGUUCUGCCAGACAAACUUGGACCCCAGGUCAGGCUUGGAGGAGUCUGCCUCUGUGUAGUUUCCUCUGUGCACGUGGUGCUGCUUUCAAUAAAAAUUGAGUGUUGAGGCUUUAUUAUUCCUACCUUUUUAUUCUUUAUUAUUCCUACCUUUUUAUUCUUUAAAUCUUCAGAGAAAAAGGAUGCUCUCCUGUGACCCUACAUGACCCCACCAUAACGGCAUCAGCAUCGCUCCUUGGGAAGAUGGUGCUGGGAUACAUAAGAAAGCUGUCUGUGCACGAGCUUGUGAGAGAGCCAGAGAACAGCAUUCCGCCAGUUUCUGCCUCUAGUUACUGCGUGAGCCCCUGCCCAGACUUCUCUCAGUGAUGCAGUGUGACCUGCAGGCUAAGUCAACCCCUUCCUCUGCUGUUGACCACAGUGUCUAUCACAGCAACAGAAUGGAACCAGAACAUGGUGGCACAUAUAUCUCUAUUGCUUCAGAAGGGUCCUGUCACACUUGGGAAAGGAUUUCUACACAGAGAAUCUCAACAGACCAACUAGCUGAGUUUCCCCACUUCAGCCUAUUACACUGAACAUGCAAACUAGACUUCUGGAAAGGAGCAGUCUGACUGACUGAUCAGAAUUUCAGUGAUGUGGGGAGGUAGGAUUCUGCAGAAGCAGAGCCUAAUUACAAGUUAUUUUUUGACCCUCACUCUGUGUUGGACCUAAUAUUCUGUGACUAACAGAUAAAGUCGAGACCUCAUAACCUAACAGAUAGAAAUCUUUUAGUAUGUAUUACCUUAACAGAACUCUAGUUUUCAUCUAACUAAAAGGUUGAGUGCUAUGUGCUAUUAGACAGCUGGAUACUCCCAUCUCGCUACCACCAGUCUACCUGAUGUACCCAUCAACACACUUGAAUGUGACUUAUUUAUGGAUUUCUCUCUGUUUCUAUAAGAGUUCACGAAAUGCCACUUCAUUGGAAUAUGGUAUUUGUGGUUCUGGGUCCUGGUUACUAACACUUAGUUCCCGAAUAAACCAUGUCUUUUAUUCCUUUUCUGUUUCCUUCUGAGCCCAUACAUUAAUACCCCAUUCUUCUCUAGUAUGUUUUCUUUGUCCCAGGAGGGAAGCACUCAGCAAAGGUUUCCAGUCCUCUGGGAUUUGUGUCAUUCUAGCUAGGACAGCUGAGGCCCACAGCCUCAUUCCUACCAUGGUUGACAAUAAUUUUUCAGUAUUUGCUCACUCCUUCUCUGUCAGACAGUGUAGAGAACAAACAGCAUCAGGCUCUAUUUAGAAUGCAAAUGUAGGGGUAGGUGAAUAACUCAUUCCUAAGAGUAAAGAGAUGCUACCCAUAAGCUAGUAAAACAGACCAGGAAUAUAUGAGCACACGGGUAUAACCAUUCCCUAGGGAACUGCCACCACGGUUGGAAAGACAGAGUAAAUGAUUAAGUAAGUAAAUACUUAAUUUAAAAGUCAGGAAAAACGGGACUGAGGACCUACUGAACACACCAGGCCAGGGAGGAGUACAAUACUCAUGGACCCCAUAAGCAGAAGGACACUGAAGCCAAGUGUGGUGGCAUCCGAAAAAAUGACACCUAACACUGUGACGGUCCCACUGUCACCCAACUACUUGGUUUGCACCUGCAUUAGCUUUCUGCCUGUGCCUCCUGUACAGCCUCCUUGAACUCCUUCAGCGUUGCUGUGGCCUCAAAACUUCCGUAGCAAUUCUCCAGCACAGGCACGCAUACAUGCACACCUGUGCAAUAUGACCUGAGAGCCAAUAUUCAUGACUAAGACAGAAAUAAAGGAGUUCUAGCCAACAUCCAGCUACCAAGGUAAAUAGAGACUACGUAAACUGUAGCCAAGAAAACUGAAGUCACAUAUGACAAAAUUAAUUUAUAAUUAAUUUUGACACCAAGGAAGACACAAAUGUGUGUCUCUGUUUCUGACAGCCUGCUCCUGACAAAGAACCUCUCUGCACAGUAUGAGGCUAAGAAUUUCUCUAAAGCAAGCCCUCUAUUCGUGAAGACUUUUUUUCCCCACUGAUCAUUAGCUGGUGUCUUUGCUGAAGCUGCAAUGUAUGUUUUUCUGCCAGUUUUAACCUAUUUACUCUGUAUACUACUGAGUCUAAGAAGAUGGAUAUUUUGGAAUUCGGCUUUACUCUAUUAUUUUUUUAAACUGAGAGAUUACUUAAGGAAAAUAAAGCACAACCAAUAAUCUUCUAACUUUUUUACUUGUUUAUUUACUUACUUGCUGAGACGGUGUUACUCUGUCACCUCAUGGAACUUGCUGUGUAGACCAGGCUGGCCUUGAAUCCACAGAGAUCCUCCUGCCUUUGCCUUCCAAGUGCUGGGAUAAACUCACUGAUCUAAAAUGGCUUCACUGAAACAGUUGUCCAAGCCAGGGCUGGCAACAUACACCAGAGUAAAGGCACCUGUUAAGGCCUCACAACCAGAUUUCAAUCACUGGAGCCCACAUAAGAGACACAACAUGGAACCAAUGCUAGAAAGCUUUUCUCUGAAUGCUACAUGUUUACUGUGGCAACAUACAUAUACAUGUAUACACAUGCGUAUACAUGUAUGCACAUGUACAUAUAGACACAGAUACACCUUUUUACAAUGUCAAAAUGUAGUACUGGGACACAAUACCUACAAUGGAAAGAUAGAUACUGACAAGCUGACCCUUUCUUCUCUCCUUCUCAACUCAACUGUUGAUUUUCUUCUAUAUUCCCUUCCUGUUUGCCAUGACCCAAGGGAUGCCAACACCCUUCCUCCCUGAGUACAUCCAUCAGGCUAGCAAGAGCCUACUUUACAAAGCUCCUGAUAAGAACUGCUAGAGACCCCUGGAAAAAUCCUCCUUAUUCUUACAAAGAAAAUGAGAAGCUUCUCUUCUACUCCACUUCCUGACACAGCCAAGGGCUAUGCUGAAUGCUACUGACACCCAUCUACUACUGUAAAAGAAACUUGCCUUAGUUUCUUAGCAUACAAUUUCAAACCCAUUAUAAAGGAAUCAAAUAUGGCCAAGGAUGUUUAGAAAAAUGAUGCUCAGAAAUAACAUAAACUUAGCAUGGGGCACAGUAUUGCAUCCCUGUGAGUCCAGAUCCCUGGAAACAGGAAGACCAUGAGUUCACAGAUACAUAUAGCUCUCUCAAAACUUUGUUCUCAAAGGAAAAUUAACAAAGAUAUAAAUAUUAUCUAGUCCAACCAGUAAGGAACCUAAGCCACUUUAUCCUCUAAUUUCAUAGCCAUACUUGUUUCCCUUCAAUAUUCUCCCCGUAGCAACUCUCCAAGCAGUUUCCCAUUAGCUAGUUUUAUCCACUUUGCUUUAAAUAAAAUAUUUACUUAUUAAAUAAAAGUAUGCCUAGUUGCCAACAAGCUUAUACUUUACCAUUAAAAUGUCAAUGGGAAUAUUGAAUUGUAAAAGCAGAUUUAAAGGGUGUCACAGUCUAGCUCAAUGGUAACUGCAUUUAUAAUAUGGCAUGACCAUGCCAUGGUUUGGACACCAGUUUCACUAGAUCAUCAGUUAACAGUUGAUAGCAGGGCCAUGAAUCAGCAUUUAAAUAGGCCAUUAAAUGUCUUCCUCAUGGGCAACAGAUACAUACAACUCUCCCAAGCUUCAGGGCCUCCUCUCACUCUUGAUAAUGACAAUAUGAGUAACAUAAAAGAAGAAUUUCUUCUCUUGGGUCAGGGCAGAAACAACUGCAAUUCUUCACAGCUGUAAUUUGCUGUUUGAUAUUAGAGCACACUCUUAAAUAUGUGGCUAUGUUAGUUAUCAUUUACAGUUAUAUCAUUUUUUAUAGCUUUUUGUUUUUUCUUUCCUAUCAUUUAUCACAUAUUUACUUUAUCUGUGGUGAUAAUUUUAGAUAAUCAAAUGAUUUUCUUUUUUAAGUUUCAAAAGGCCAUAAAGCAGUGGAGACGGCUUUCAGCAGUCAUCAGUGAUCUAGCCAGGAACUCCUCUUGAACUUGCAAAUGCAGUGGUGGCUGGGGAAGUUUUUCAAAGGAUACAAAGUAUAGUGGCUGCCAUUAGAAAUUGACAGUGACCAACUGAGAGCAGCCAGGAAGCUCAUCCUCUUACAAUUAAAGGAGAGGGUGCCAUGUAGAGCAAGAGGGAAGCAAGCUGGCAUGGUGAGAUGGCAUGAACUGACAAAGCACCAGUCAUCCUGUUAGUCAGCCUAGUCACAAUAAACUAUUUCUUGAUCAGAUUUGAUACCUAGUGACAAUCAUUCAAUCAGUGACUAGACUAAGCCUUUCUCAGCAGACCUGCAGCAAAACCAAAUGAUGUUUACUGGUUCUGCUGCUGGUCCAGUCCACCACGACUUUCUGAACCUGAGAAGUCAACUCAGCAAGGCAAUAGCACCUACCCCCAAAAAACAACAACAACAACAACAACAACAAAAAAAAAAAAAAAAAAAA